AUGGAUUAUUUACAAUAUUUCGAUAUUUUUGAUGAAAUCGACCGUGAGGAACCACCAAGAAAAAGAAAACUUUACGAAAAACGUUUCGAUCCCUUUACUCUACAAGAUAAAGAAUUUCGAAUGAACUAUAGAUUCAGUAAAGUAUAUAUGAGAAAAAUAGUUGAUUUAGUUCAACGUGACAUCGAACUACAAGCUAGUGGUGGCGGGCUGUCUGUAGAACUUCAGGUACCUAUGUACUGCUCUCAGAACGUGGGCUAG